AUGAGUAACGAAGAAACCGUCAACAUUAACGACAUUUACGAACUCAUGGUUGCGUGUAAAAACGAAAGUGAAUAUUUUUUUAAAAGAAAAGGUAUCCAUUACAACGUGGAUAUAUACAAAUACGAUGGUCAGGAGUUAAGACGUCUCAUUAUUCAAUACAACGAGUGCUUUAACCACCGCGGUUCGAACUUUCAUGUUGAUGCUAUGCGUCGUUUGGAUCCUUUACGUAUCAAGAUGUUAAUAUGUGAUAAUGAAAGAUUAAUAAAAGGGAAAAUCAGAAAACUCAGUAAAAAUGCUUUUCAUAUUAGAAAUUUUACUGAUAAUGUUUGUAAAAUGAUGUAUGAAAUUUCUCUAACGCAAAAGAGGAACGAAAUCCUCUUGUAUGAAAUUGACGUAUGGGGAGUUAUGCGUAGUGAUUGUGUAAGAUUAGAAACCUAUGAUUAUUUUCAACGUAGAUGGGCAGUUGAAAGUAACAUUAGUAGUGGUACUAGCAACGAGGAUAUUGUAAUUGAAAGGAGUAUAAUUAGCGAGACUAAGAUACAUGCUAAGAGGUUUGAUAGUAAUUAUACUAUGGAAGAAUGUGAUAAUUUUAAUAUAAUAGAGUAUGAAAUCCAAAGAAGAUCUUUGAUUUUUAGUGGAGAUGUGAUUUUAGGAAAUGAAGUUAAUGACGAAGAGUUAGAGGGAAUGUUGGGAGAAGUAAUAGAUAUUGAAAAAUUCGAGAAAGAUCUAGAAGAAAAAAAAAGAUUAUUCCAUGAAGUUUUCGAGUCAGACAACAAAGAUUCUAAAAAAAGCAAGGUUUAA